AUGUAUGUGGGUCAACUGCCAUUUGGGGGCCUGCACGUCGAGAUUCUCGACUUUGUCGAAUGGACCCCUGGUAUAUACACCCGAUUUGACCCUUCACUCAAAGCGGUUAAAGUUUGCCUUGUGCGGAGAGGCUGCCUACUACCGCCCGAGCAGCCAUACAGGGGGAGCCAGUCGCGCAAGGCCAUCGACCAGAUGAUGGACAUCAUGGGCGAGCAAAAGUGCGGUAAGUGAGCGACCAACCGACUGCGCUGGCUGCGCGAGUGAGGAUGUUGUGCAGAGAAGUGCAACGACUGGAUGGAUGACCCGAUCGUCGCGUACUACCGUGACUGCGAGUACCUCAUGGUGGACGACGUGUGCGCCAUCAGACUGCCGCAGGAUGACGGCCUAGAGGGCUACAAGAAAUACCGCAUGAAGACGUGCAAAUGCCGCAAGAAGGACGCAUACACACCCAAGAAAUGCUGCGUAAGCUGCAAUGCACAAACACAACUGAUCAAUGACACAAAGUGUAUGCAUGUAUGUUUGGAUGGGUUCAUUCAUCAGGCGGCCGAGACCAAGAUGUUUAAGGACGAGCCGGCCAUGAGAGCCGCAGCCAGGGAGCUGGCCAACGCUCGCAACCCGCCACACAACCUAGAGUAUGUCGAAAGGAUGGCGCAUGAUCACUUCUCAACUUGGGUUGGCGGACCCUGAGGCGGUUGAGAGAGUGGCUCAUGUCCGCCCGCCCAGCUGGGUGUCUGUCUGUCUGUCUGUCUGUCUGUCCGUCUCUUUCAUUCUGCUGCUUUUGCUCAUAUUGUAUGAAUGUAUGUGACGGCACCACCGUGUGAGUUUCAAACCAUCGGCCGGCUGGCUGUCUGCCUGCCUGCCUGUCUAUCUGUACAGACAUGCGCAUUCGUGUCGAUGGAUGGAUGGACGGAUGGAUGGAUGGAUGGAGCCUCUUCUUUUUUGACUAACGCACGGGAGGACGGACGCAUGCGCAUGUACAUCGACAUCGGAAGAUCCACUGACAUAUCUGAGACGUCCCAUUUACUUCUUUGUCUUGCC